AUGAAAAAUAUUUAAUGGCAUUAGUGGUCAUUUGCUGAAAUAGGAGGAGUUGCUGGGGAACAGCAGAGUUUCUUGCAAGGAAUACCUAAGAGCCAUGUAGAACUGUGCUGAAGAGUUCAAACAUAUCUGUUGGGGGCCAGUUUAAUUCUCAUCUGUUUCUUACGAACUACAGACAUCUUUCACUUCACCUGUAUGAACUGAGCCUGCAAGUGCCCUCUUCCUGGUCUACUUUUUUUUCUUUUCCCCUGUAGGUUCCUUCUUUCUUUCUCUUUUAUGCUCCUGCCUACCCUGCAUUAAUAUACUACAGCCUAAAAUUAUCUGAUUUGUUCAUAAGACUCUUCAGAGUAAGCUCUUAUCUGAUUAUAUCCAUCAAAGCAGCAUUUAAACAUAUAAAAACAUUUUCCUCAGCUAUCAUUAAUACAGUUGUUUCAGGGUUCUGUAUGCACGAGGAGAUUAUCCUGUCUGUCUUCUUCACCUGGGCUUAUUUCUUCCAUGUCUUUUAUAUCCUACACACAUUAGUGUAAAUGAAUGGGAAGGUGGGGAACUUUAUUAUUACCAAGCAGAAAUUAAUGUCUUAAGUACUAAAUAUUCUCCCAGAGUAGACAACCAUAGAGGAAUUUAAUAUGACACAUAAUUUCAUCCAUGCUAGAACUUCAUUUCCCCUGAGUUUAUUUUGAAUCUGGAGAUGAAGAAUGAGAAAGCAGCAGAAAUACAUUUUAGACCAUGGAAAGAAUGCAAACAGUGUUUCCAAAAGGACAACAGUAGGAAGAGUGUUUAAAUCUCUAAGUGACUCUGAAGAAUGCCAUGGCAAUCUCAGUGGUUACUUUAAAAGAAUACCAGAAAUGAGUUGACUGUUAUACUGACCCUUUAACCACAACAUACGAUUUUUUUUUUCAGAUAGCAUGUAUGAAUAUGCUUGAGCCACAAUGCAUACUACUCUAUCAGUACCAUAAUUUCCCCCCUUUCCCCAACCACGUGUAAAAGAAACUUCAGAAUCUGCCACGUAAAUGUUACCCAUUGACGAACCACUGAAAUUUUUUCCAGGACCAUGCUUUAACAAAGAUGCUUUCGAGGGAUUCCCUUGUUCAGCCAAAAAUGAAGGGUUCUUAUCUAACACUAUCUUGUCUAAAUAUACACAGCCUGUGAUGACGAAAUAAAAAAAUUUCUAGACCAGGUAUAAAUACCACUGACAGGCAGAUGAAGUUCAUUCGUCUACUUUCUUCUAAUAGAAGGCUUAACUAUUAGAAGUUGAAGUACACUGCUCUUAGAACUGACAUCUCCCAGAACUUAUCUGAGCCAUUUAACUGAACCAUCACCAAGAAAAUGACUUUCCAAACCUACAGCUUGUUUGUUCUGUCUAUCAUCAUGAUUUAUUCUGGACUUGUUGAAAAUAGAUUAAAUCUGCUUCAACUUCAAGAUGAUAUAGACAAACUGAAAGCUGAUUUUAACUCAAGCCGUUCAGAUGUAGGUGAUGGUGGAUCUAUCUUUACGGAGAAAUUGUCAAACUGGACGGAAAGAAAUGAAAAAAGGAUCAUCCUGAGUCAGAUUGUUUCCAUGUACUUGAAAAUCCUUGAAAACACUGACAAGUCAAAGGCACAUGUCAGGAACAUAUCUGAGGAGCUUUACACUUUGAAAGAAAGCCUUUCUGAUGACUCAAAGAAGAUGGAAUAUCUCAAGAACCUGACAGAGCUUCAGGUGAAUGACUCAAAAAUUCAGCGUAAAGCUGUGAAUGAGCUGUUCAGUGUCUUACAAAAACUGGGGGAUACUACAAGUUCUUAUGGAAGAAAAAGAAGCCUGGUUCAGAGGCAGUGCAAAUGCUAAUGCCAUCUUAUGUUCUUUUGUACUGAGUUACUGUGCAAAUCUUUUUGUGACACAUCUUUUUUUUUAUUUUAAGGUUUCUAUUGAAUUUUUAUACAUUUAUUUAUUAAUAUUUAAGUAUUUUAAAUAAUUAUUUAUAAAGAAAUACUGAUCAAAGUAUUUAUAUGCCCUACUACUAUGUUAGAAAUAACUUUGUCUUAAAAUUCUGUCUAUUUUUUAUAUGUUUGUUGACCUGAAAAUACAGAAUGAGACAAUACUUACCCAGGUUCCAUAUGGAAAUCUUGAAAUUACAUGAUACA